ACCUCUGACAGCAAGUGCUGCAGAUGCCAUCGUCUCACAUGGCGUUCUGGACUACUUUGCAAAUAUGGGUCUUCAUGGUUCUAGUUGUAGUUGGUCGGGUUGCAUCCGAUGACAAUGUACAGCUCAGCGAGACCUUCGGUGGCUCCCAUGGCACCGAAUUCUCGGACGAAGCUUCGGUUGUGGCUGGGGAGACUAUCAGCUUCAUCACGAUUCGAGCUGGUGAACGGGUCGACGGUAUUUCACUUGGAGUAUCGGCACCUACUGCCCAAACAUUCACUCACGGUGGGUCUGGUGGAACUGACAACACUCUCACACUCGGGACGGGUGAAUACAUCACGUCCAUGACGGCACACUGGGACAAGAAGGACGGCCACACUCGCAUCUUCUAUCUGAGCUUCGGUACCAGCGCCGGCAACACGGUCUCUGGUGGAACGCAGACCGAUUCGGCUGGGUCAGUGACUGCACCCGACGGCUUUCAAUUAGCAGGAUUCUACGGUCGAGACGGAGAUGAAAUUGAUCUCCUGGGUGCGAUCUGGGCAAGCACUGACACCGCCACCGCGGUUCCAGGUACUGUUGUCCCAGCUCAGGGCCCCUCACCAUCAACACCAGCGCCAGAAGACUCGUCGGUGACUCAAAAUUCAGUAACUCAAACCGAUUUGUCAUCGUCUAAUUGGUCGGCAUUGGGGUCCAGUUCGGGACCAAACGCAACAGUGGAUAGUACCUUGGGAUCAUCGACGGAUGAUGGAACGCUUAUAACAUCCGAGCCGCCUAGUACAACUGCACCAACAUCUUCCGGGCCAGCGACACAACUAUCCCAAUCGUUCGGUGGGCCUCAUGGCAAUCAAUUCUCCGAUCUAGCGUUAGCGACAUCGGGACAAACGAUCGCUUCUCUCAUUAUUCGUGCGGGUGGCCGUGUUGAUGGUCUUACCCUCCAAGUAUCUGCACCUACGGCCCAGACAUUCACACACGGUGGAACUGGUGGAACCGAGAACACUCUCACGCUCGGUACGGGCGAGUAUAUCACAUCAAUGGAAGCGCACUGGGGUCAAAAAGACGGACACACACGCAUCUUUUACUUAAGUUUUGGUACCAGUGCAGGGAACACGGUUUCUGGAGGAACAAAGACCGAUGAAAGUGGCUCCGUGACUGCACCAGACGGGUAUCAAUUGGGUGGUUUCUUUGGACGUGACGGUGACGAAAUUGACCUUAUUGGUGUGGUGUGGACGAGUAUUAAAGUUAUUGGGGAAGGUAGCUCAGACAGCACUAGUACGACUGUAUCCGAUAGUGAUAUCGUGCUCAGUGACUUGUAUGGUGGACCCCACGGUGUUGCGUUCUCCGACAUCAACUCCAUCAAGUUCGAACAAGUUGCAACUUCCAUUACCAUUCGUACUGACAAGCGCGUUGAUGCCGUAACGUUGCAGAUUGGAACUCCAGAGGAGGUGACGAUAAACCAUGGAGGAUCUGGUGGAACGGAUAAAACACUUACUCUCGGUGCAGGAGAAUACAUUACAGCGAUGGAGGCUCAUUGGGGGAAGAAAGAUGAUCACACCAGAGUAUUUUAUUUAAAUUUCGUUACGAGUGCUGGUAACUCGAUCUCCGGAGGAACACAGACUGAAGAUAAGGCUACUGCUACCGCUCCUGAUGGUUUCCAACUGGCUGGGUUCUAUGGACGCGCUGAAGCUGAAGUCGAUCAAAUUGGAGCGAUCUGGACGAGAAUUUCAGCCAAAGAUCUAGCGCUCACAGAUUUGGAAGAGAGCGAUAGUCUUACAUAUGGGUCUAGAACUAUUCGCAAUUGGGUGGGGCCUACAAUCGGCGAAGCUGAUGACACAGCGUGCUACCGGAAGUCGGUAGCGUACAAUAGUACCAACAUCUGUCCGUUGGGUUAUGGCAAGGAUGGAGACGACUGCAUAGCGCAGUGCCCGCUGUCGUACCCUGUUUCUUGCUCUCUGGAGUGUAUUCCUCAAAACGAUGACUGUGCUCUCGAGACCCUCUCGAAAAUCGGCUCUGUCGUUGCGGUGGCUCUCAAUGCUGCCACUGCUGGUGUCUUUGGCGAAGUUUUGGCUGCUUACAAGACCGCUAAGUGGGCUAUUACUUGUGUGGCAAACAUUAUUACGGUGAUCCGAGGACUCAUUUAUUACCUUCGGUAUCGGCAAACGACAGCUCCUGAAGGAGACACAGCAGAGCUGCUUGUUGUCGCCUACCAGACUGACGUCGUAGUGUACGACCUCCCUAUCGCCGUGUGUACAUGCCUGGGUAUUCCAGUACCCGCCAACGCAAAAUAUGCCUCUAUGGUACUUAAAGUUGUGGAAGGUAUCGUGAAACAAGCUAUCACUAAUGGCGACGAGAUCAUUUCAACUGGAGAAAAUGUUCUUAACUUGCUCACGGGUACCGGUGCGUUGAAUACGACGGACUCUACAGUUGAUGAGCUGCAAGAUCUCAUUGAUACAAACUCCAGUUGCGGCUACGAACUUAAACAUCUAACGGAUAAAGUUGUUCGCUCGGUUAACGAGAUUCGCAACACUACCCCAGGAGCUAUCGUGGAUGAUAUCCGAGUGAGUGUUUACAAGUCGUCUAUUGUACUGAACGAUAUCCCCGCCGUCACGAAUUACUGUAUGGGCGAACUACUAUACAACAAGACUAUCACAGCUGCAUUCGAGACUCGAGACUUGCUUCGGAAGACCUUCGGAGUCAUCAUUGAUCAGCUUAUUGAGACGGGUACCACUGAUAUGGGAGAAUCGGUAGCUGAAGAUGAGUACAUGUUGAAGGUUUCCAACAUGGGGCUUGUUGCGCUAUCCGCGAUUGAUCCAACCGGUAUCGCUUACAUGGCAUCGCAGUUCGUGCAACCGAUUUGUGGACCCACAGCGUAUCUUGGCGAGAUCGACGAUGGUAGACUUUAUGAUGCUCUUGGUCUCACGACGGUGGACGAAGCCUUUGAAGGGAGUUAUGGAACGUGGACGAAGAAAGGAGACGGAGUUGUCCACCUCAUCUUGGAGAGCGUGGACACCGAGGAUGUGACGGUUGUGAUCCAUUCCGGAGGAGACAAAUACGCCGAGGUUGACGUUGCUGCAGGCGACACGGUCACAUGGGAUGCCACGAUUCCAGAGCUGCAAGACAAAACCAUGUACAUUGAUCGCUGGCGACCAGGUCUUUUGGGUUUGCCAGGAUCAGGAGGUGGCUCAUUGGUCCUUUGGAUUCCGCGGUCUUCUGAAGGAGGUCACAUUGAGAUGCAUGUGCGGAUAAACGUUAGCUGAGCUAUGCGAAACGAAGAGUUAGUGGUGAAAUGAAUGGGUAUGGAGUAUAUUGUUACAAGUUAGCUUGCUAGUAUUGUUAAAACAUUUAUGUAGUUACUGAACAGGAGUUUGAGCUAUACAUUUCUUUUUUUCUU